GCGAAGUCGGUGAAUUGGACAUGAACAAAUCGCUAUAUCCAAGGCACGACGAUGAGCAUGAAAGGAUGGAGCGAAGAGAACGGGAUAAACAGGCCCGUGCCCAGCUACAGGCCGAACGAGAACCGGAACCAGCAGCACCACUAUUCGCAGCGCCGGUUAAAGUGCAAAGUCCAUCCGACAUUGACAUGCACAUCCUACAGAAGCUCGGUAGCUUCGAGGCAGCCAUGAAGCACAUCCUGGAACCGUCCACGUCGCAUCAUGUGAUCGGUAUCGCACCCAGCCCGUCGACACCCUUGCGCCCUACUAGCACGAUGCCCAGCCUGGUCGCCGGCAGCCACCAUCGGUCGCUUCCACCAAAAACCAUUAGCAAUAGUAGUAGUACCAUUAGCAAUAGUAAUGCCAACUUCGUCAAGCCGGCCGACAAUCGGUCCAUCUACAAUGGGCGACCAUCGUCUUCGUCAUCCUCGGCGAGUGUGGGACGGAGCAACGUACCGGGACACUAUUCGUCCUCGUCCGGCUCGUUCAACAAACAUGAGGUGCAUGGACUCUCAUCGAAAGGACCACCCUCCAUUCCGACCUCGUUGAUGAACGGCCGGGCGUCGUCGGGCGGAAUUGGGAGUAGCAGUAGCGGAGGCGCUGGCGGCACCGGACCAUCCGCCGGCGGUGAUAAGUUACCCUCGCAAAUGCCUAACGGCCGACUGCCCCAGGUUGCAAACGCAAAAAUGCCUAGAGUAAACUCAAGUGAUAUUUCAACUCCGCUCAAACAGGGCAGCAACGUGGAGAAGAUACUGAACGAGAUGAAGACCAACAUUAUGACGCCGCUGACGGAGAUCGGGGCCACGCCACGCAAGGAGCUGGAAUCCAAGUUCAACUUCAACAACCCGAACGCGAACCAACGGCACGUUUAUGCCUCCCUGCCGGGUAUGCUGGGGUCACUGAAGCCCAUGUCGGCCCCGAGUAGCGUUGGUGCGGGCGUGGGUGCUGCGAAAUCGUCCCUUUCCGGGUUGGCGAUGCUUCCGCUAGGCCCGAACAUUGAGGAUGACAAUCACAACAAUGGCUCGGACAGUGACGAUGGCAGGGACGCUGAGUCCAAGAAACGCAAUUCUAGUGAUACCUCAUCGAACGACAGCGCAGACGAAUCGUCGAGCGAGGAUUCCAACAUCGGCAACAAGGUGGGAGGAAACCUUGCCCCGGCCGGAGGUCCAAUUGGUGCAGAACUGAGUGCAACCGCCAGCGGACCUAGUGCAACUGGCAGCGUGGCACCCGGUGGAACUGGCGUGACCGGUACUGGCGGUGCCAGCGGUAGUAACAGUCCCGUGAGACGACCCAUGGAUUGGUCGUUGCUAAACUUCUUCCAACCACCCAGCAACAACAGCAGCAGCAGCAGCAGUAAUCAACAAGUGCCAACAAGUGAAAGUGCCCCUCAUGGCGCGACCGGAGACCGAACCGGAGCGCAUCAUCACCACCAGCAUCAUCCCAAUCUGGCGCAUCAUGCGCAUGAAGAGAACUCGGUGGCGUCACCGUUGCGGCCACUUCGAUUAAGUGGCGUUAGCGAGGGUCUGAUUUCUUCCCCCAUCGGGGAUGGGCGGUCCGCGUCGGGGACAUCAAUAAAAAACGAACCUCUACCGCCGCUGGAUGACGAUCACCUGUCGAAUGCGAGCAGUACCGCGAGCAACGGCGAGUUGGGUUCGACCACCGGUGGAGUAUCUUUAUCCGGUGGCAACGCCACCCUAUCGACGUCAUCUUCGUACGUGAAACAGGAACCGUACCCCAGCGAAAACAGUGCCUCAUCACCACCCGGUAUCAAGAGUGAGCUGAAGGAUGACGGCGCAGACCGGUUGUCGCUCUCCAGUCCGGCGAAAAGCCCGGAACUGCAGCAACAAUACGGGAGCCAUCACCAGCAGCAGCACCUGUUUAAUGAUAACGCCGUCGAACAGGAGGAUGUGAUAAGUGCCCUACAGGAAGCCAAAGAGUUCAGUCUGAUCAAGCCCAUCUCGGGCAUGUCGGAUUCCGAGUCCGACGAUGUCGACGCAGUUGGAGAAGACCGCGAGCAGCAGCACCGUGUGAACUUGCAUCACGUGAACGCGCGUCUUUCGCACCAGCAGGAUGGCGAUUCGGUGGCCACCGGGAACGGUGUGACGGCCGCUAACGCAAAGAAGAAGAAACGGAAACGUAAGCUCAUUGCCGGUUCUGGAAACGAGCGUGAACCGCGGGACAGCUCGACAAGCAGUAGCGAGGACGACCGGUACGGCGUAACGCGAAGAAGUCGAUCGCAAUCGUUCGAGAAGGACAAAACGCACCUGAAAGCGAGGGGUCGAGUGCGCAAAGGACACGGAAACAGUAAUACUCACGGUGGUGGUGGUACGACGAGCGCCGCGUCCAGUGCACGCUACUCCGACGCGGAUUCGGUUGCGAGUGGCAGUGGACGUCGAUCGAGCAAAACGUCUUCACAUGGGUCUACUCCGACGAAGAAGAUUGGUGCUUCCGGUAUGACCUCCAUUGCGUACCCGGGGAUAGGUGAUGUUGGAACGGCAGGCAUUAUGAGCCCACCGAUAAGUAUACCUUCCGUGGAUGGGAUCAUACCGUCGAAGAAGCCGGCAUCGCGCAAGUCGCGCUCGUCGAAGGUGCGUAGCCACCCAACUGUACUCUCGACGGAGAGUAGCUCAUCUGGGUCUGGUUCGUCCUCGAACGAGGAAGCGGCAGGAGCCUCUUCGGCGGAAUCGGCAGAUUCGGAUUUUGCUAACGAAAGCGCUAUUCCCGUGCCGACCGAGAUCGAUCCCGUGGUUCCGAUGGUAAAGACAAAGAAGCAAAAGGCGAAGAAAAAGGCUGAAAAAGCGGCAGCAUGUUCGAGUAACGUGUUGCCAAACAAAGGUGGUGCUGCCGGAGUGUCGACUGGUGGCGAAAUGCCAAUCAAAAACGGACCCAGCGGUGGGGGUAGCAGUCGGAGCAGUAACAACUAUCACCCGCACAAUCUGUCCUCCGACAGCAACGAUGAAAGACCUUCCAUAAUUUCACCUCCAUUUCCAAGUAAUGGUGGUAGGACGACGGAAGCAUCGUCGUCGGCUGUUCACUCCAAGAAAGGUCGUAAACAAUCCACUGCGUCCAUUAGCCAGACCUCUGUCGACGAGGAAGAACCCCGGGUUCCCACCGGCACCAACGGAAACAAAAACGCCGAUGAUGACGACGAUGACGAUGACGAUCGGUCGGAUAGUAACAGCGACAGUGAUAGUGAUGCCCCUGCCAAAAAGGAGAAGAAGCAGAAUAAAAACAAGAAAGCGGCCCUCUUUGCACGGGUGUUUAUAACCACGUCCACCGCAAGCGGCGGCAAGGGAAAAGGCGGAAAGGGAAAGGGUGGUAAAGGUAAGGGUCAAGUGUAUAUUGAUCACGUGGACGAGCUGCAUAUGGCAAAAAGUAACGGCUCAACGGGGACCCCGAAUGCCAGUAAUCUGGCCGCAGAGCAACGACGAUCCGCGCAACAACAUCUCACUGUGCCGGGGCUCGUGGGUACGCCUCCUAGGUCAGCUUCUUCGACCACGGGAGAUGGUCGGCCAAGUAGCAGAGGCACGACCGUAGCGGCCGUGUCUCCGUCGCUGGAAAAAGUGAUCUACCCUGCCCAAACCAGUGGUGCCUUAUGUAACAACAAUUAUUCGCUCUUCUGUCGGAUCGACUUGAGUCGAUUGUUGAAGAUUCCACCGCCACCAUCGCAGAACCGUACGCUGCUGGGGCUGCGACCGCACGACAACUUAAGCGCCCACCGUAGUGCCUCGUCCGGGCGUCAGAAGAGCAAAAGUCCGUACGAUCAGCUGCAUGGCAGUGGCAAACGGCGUCGAAACUCGGCUGGGCAGCAGGAGCAGCAACAGCAGCAAGAUCGAAGUGGUAGCUCGGUGCACAGCUCUUCCUCGACACCGAGGUUGUUGGACGAAAGGCCGCUGUACGGUGUGCCCGCUGCCGGUCGGCUCCUUUUGGAUGAACCAUCAUUGGCUCUGGAAAAUGGAGGUGUUGUAAUGACCGGUCGACAUCGCAGCAAUUCUAACAACAGUGAUCACAGUGUCGCAGCUCAGAAGGCACGUGACUACCGCGCUGGGCUGGAUGGAGUGUACGGAAACAAUUCUCCUUCGAUGUUACAUCGACACCAUCAGCUUGGUGCGUAUUCGAAUCAUCACCACCAUCUUGCCAGCCAACAUCAGGAUCCCAGUGCAAAGGGCAUCGCGAGCGGGAAAUAUGAAGAAAAACUGCUGACGAAAACGGAAAAGCUCAGCUACGGCGAGCAGCGGCUUAAAGAGGACAAGACUUCUUCUUUACUGUAUGGUGGCAAUACCGGGGUUGGCGGAAAAUAUCCCAACUACAGCGGUGUAAUCAAGCAGGAAGGCAUUCCGGCGACGGGACAGUCGCUUAUCAAGCAAGAGUGCAAUAGGGACGAGUUGCUAGCAGACAGUAAGCAGAUUAGCAAGAUCGUGGGAACCACGACAUCGAAUGGAACGGCAAGCGAGCUAGAAUCGGCUUCAGGUGGAACGGGACGAAUGCGCAAACGCUCCAUCAGCUCCGGCAGCAACAACACGUUUAAAGAGAAACGCCGGAAAAAAGACAAAUCAUCCGCAAACGCACAGACUGACCAAAUGGAUCAACUUCCUCCAACAAACCAUGAUCGGUUAGACGACAGUCAAUCGGUCACUGGAAUACCGGCUGCAUCCACCAUUGACAGAACUUCCCUCGGACAGCAGCACCCGGUUGCAUUGCACCAUAACAGCACGUUACACCAUAGCCAGCAGAAUCUGGUAGCAUCGGGAGCCACAGUUGGGCCAAGUGGUGCAAUACUCUCGGACGGUGGUGCUGGUCUACCUAUUGAGGUACCGGUGCAAAUCAAGAAGGUGUACGUGUCGUACUUUGAGCGCGACGAUGAAGUGCCAGAGAUCCGCGACCAGAGUCGGUUUCUAUCGGAAGCCAAACGGUUGAAGCACGCCGCCGACCGGGAGGGUGACCAUCUGGCACAAGCAAUGCUGUACCUGGAAGCCGUUCUGUUUUUCCUGCUCACGGGCGACACGAUGGAACGGGAUCCGAUCACCGAAAAAGCUGCCUUCACGAUGUACAAAGAUACGCUUUGUUUGAUUAAGUUCAUUUCAUCCAAAUUUCGUAGUCAGCUGCAGAACCAAACGGUUCAGGGAAGUAUCCACACGAAGGUGGCCAUUCUGAGUUUGCGCUGUCAGUCGUUGAUUUAUUUGAAACUGUACAAAAUGCGCCGUCUGGAUAUGAAGGAAACCGGCAAGACGAUCGGCGAGUUCAAUCACAAAACCAGCACGGUGCCUGCAGAGCUGGCCAAUGGAAAUACUCCGUCGCCGCUUUCGCCGACAUCGGUUGGAUCACAGAGUUCCGGUUAUAGUUCCGGACAAAACAAUCAGGUCGGGUCGAUGGCUCCUAUGAAUUCGUCUCCUGCCCAAUGCAUUAUCAUGCCUAUUAAUGUCCAUGCCGCGUACCAAAAGCAAACUACUUUGUUUACCCAUCUUUCCACUUGUCUCGAUCUUUGGGAACAAGCGGACAGCUUAGUGUCACGGGGGAACCACAUCGAAUUUUUCAUCGACCUAGAUCACGAAAACGGUCCAAUGACGUUGCAUAGUUCACUGUACAACGUCGUAAAGUAUGUGCAAGCUGGUAUUCAGAAGCUUCGACGCAUGUAACAUUGGGCUUUGCUGGUGGAACCGGUGCCGAAGCAGCUAGAACCGUUCUAGCCAGUUAGCUAACCACUUUUGACAAUAAUGUGCAACGAGGAGGACAGAAACUGGUAUUGGUGUCGACGGAAAUGAAAAAUGUGAAAGA